AGAUUCAUUCAAUCAUCCACACUCUGAUCUGCAAACUAGAGAGAGAGUGAGUGAAUGAGAGUGAAGAGAUUCUUUGUGAUCAUCCAUAGAUUCUAGAAUCAAGAAAGAUUAAACAAAAGAAAAGAGCAGUUGGUAAAAAAAUGGUGAGAGCACCAAGCAUUGAUAAGAAUGGGAUCAAGAAAGGUGAGUGGAGUAAAGAAGAAGAUGAUAAGCUGAAGGCUUAUAUUAACAGAUAUGGAAUUUGGAACUGGCGUCAGCUUCCCAAGUAUGCAGGGUUAUCUCGUUGCGGGAAGAGUUGCAGGUUGCGGUGGAAGAAUUAUCUACAGCCUGAUGUUAAACGGGGUAACUUCACUAAAGAAGAAGAGGACAUUAUCAUCAACUUACAUAAUCAGCUCGGAAAAAAAUGGUCAAUUUUUGCAAAACAUCUACCGGGAAGAACAGACAAUGAAAUUAAAAACUACUGGCACACUCAUCUGAAGAAACGGACACAAGGCCAAAAUAAUUUAACUCCGCCAUCCAAUCAAGUGAAGGCCGAAUCUAGUUGUCAGACACCGCAAAUAUUAAAAGAAGAGAUCAAACGAGAGCCAUCUCAAACUGAUAAUAACCAUCACCAAAUUUCUACUCUCGGCCUCUGUCAAGGCUUAACCUCUCCAAGUGUCUCAGGUUGCAGUACUGGACUCUCCCGAAGCUAUUAUGAUGCACCUUCACAUCAAGAAUCAUCGGGUAAUAUCUGGAACCAAGACCUUAUGGUUGAAGAUUAUGAGCUGGCACAAGGAUCGUCCUGCAGUGACUUCUCUUUUAGCUAUUCGGAUGAUUCGAAUAUGAGCAAUCUAAUGACGGCUGGGGAUCAUACUACUAUCACUCCUACAUAUGAAUGUUUUGAUGAUUUUUGGAGUCAGCUACUGGAGACGGAUUACAUGGUCAGUUCAUACAAACAUCAACAGCCGUUUGUGGACCCGGUUAAUAUUCCAAGUUCUCCAAUUGCUGAUGAAGUAUUUUUGUGGUCUUAUGACUUGAGUAGUGAUGAGAGUAAUAGGUAAAACAUGUAAAGAAAGGCUAGCUAUCUGCAAUAUCAGUUACCCAUAAUUACCUGAUAAUUAAGUACGUAGUAGUCAUAUAUAAUAAUUACCUGGUAAUUGAGUGUGGUGAGUGAAUCUGUAAUUAUUUGUAAUGUUCAUGUCUGAAACAUACAAGACUGAAGAACAAACCAAUGUUGGGCAAGUGUACUAUUUUGGAGUUUCCAAUAAAAAUAUUACUACUUGCAUA